UCUACAAUCUCAACGAUGUUGUCGUGGGCCGUGUUAGCUGUUGUGGUAGUCGCCGCAAGUGGGUGUUGUGCACCUGACAGGUGGAGCGCCUACCAACUGAAGGCAGGGCUGGAGUUGAUCAAAGGUUCUCCCAAAACUCAAGUGGGGAUCUCAAAGGUUUACCACGAUGCUGCAUCUGAGAGAAGUGCCGAAGUUAUCAAGUAUGCUGCAGAAGGCGAAAAGAAUGGUGUAAAGUUUAUAUCAGAUCACAGAAAUAAGCGACUCUACGUCAUCAACCUUAAAACUAACGCCUGCACCGUACGCGACGUUGACAAACCCUUCCGUAGAUUCUGCACAGACUCUUCUAAGUAUUUGUACGACAUAAAACUGGGAUAUGGAGACAAUUCCUUGAGAGCACGUGGAUACUACAAAGAGUUCGGGUCGAAUGACGGCAAAUACAAAGUCGGCCAUGUUUACCUCGUCAGUGACGCCUGCAUCCCGUUACAGGGUGUAAACUUUGGUCUCGGCAAGUUGGACUUUCUGACCUCGACUGGCUGGGGGUCGUUCAGUAGCGAGUUUGAUGACUCCGUGUUCAAUCCUCCAUCCACCUGCCCCCCUCUGUCCUGUUCCCAGAAGAAAUAUGGCGUGAAUCUAUUUGACAUAAUUCGAAACAACGGGCCUCUGCAAUAUGGGAAGCUGUAACAGUGUACCACACGGAAAGAAUCAGUGUGACAGAACGUCUACAACGUGAUUCCCAUCGACUCUAAAAACAUCCGGUGAUAUGUAGUCAACCUGGUUCACUUGUAUACCUUCUUUCACAUCGGUGAUCGCUGGAUAAUGAUGAAUGUUGAAACAUUCCCCUCUCGCUGUACUAUAUCAUCCAUGUCAAUACUGUUGUAGAAUAAACAGAUGAGCAUU